UAUAUAAGAGAAAUUUGAAAGCUGGGACGAGCCAUCGGUCUCAAGACGCCCAUAACUUCCGUCGUUGCAUUUUGCAUACGCUCUUAUGCCAAUUUGAUGAGUCAAUUCUGAAAUGAAUUGAAAAUUUUGGCUCCAAAUUCCCAAAUUGGAAUCCAAAGCCCUAAUUAUCGCCUCUGCCUCACCGGCCCGCUUGCGUCGCCGUAAACUCUGCCGGAACUCUUUUGCUUGAUUGGCGGCCUCCUGAUUCCUCCACUCUGGAUUUCGUGGUUGCCGUCUAAUUGGAUUUACUCCGAAACCAAAAAUGGCGAGCCGUGUUACUACUAGUGAAGAGGAACGUACUACUACUGACUUCCGAUGUGUGCGGUGUGGAUUUCCUGUCAAAACACUGUACAUUCAGUAUUCUCCAGGAAAUAUUCGCCUCGUGAAAUGCGGAAAUUGCAAGGCUGUUGCUGAUGGGUACAUCGAGUGUGAAGUAAUGAUUCUCAUCCUUGAUUUGAUUCUGCACAAGCCCAAAGCGUAUCGGCAUGUAUUCUACAAUAUGUUCAGUAAAGAGACUGUAAAUUUUGAGAGUUUGUUGUGGAAAUUGGUGCUGGUGUAUGGUAUGUUGGAUAUCUACAAAAUGUGGGUUUUGAGCACAAAUGAGAAGGAAUACACCAUGCCUGCGAGUUUUACGUCAUUUCUUCUGGAAUUUGGGAAGAUGCUAACUGGUGUAAUGUUUGCGAACCUCAUAUUUAUUAGUGUGUUGUUCUGUUGCACAAGAAAGCUUCUCAGCUCAGCAACUAUUUUUCAUGGGUGGAAACAUAUGCUGUUUGUAGUCGUUGUUUCAAGUUACUUCAAGCUCUUUGUUUUGGCCAUGAUGGUCUGGGAAUUCCCUUCCUCUGUGAUUGUAAUCAUUGACGUGUUUGUCUUAUCAUCCAACACUGUGGCGUUAAAAGUGAUCACCAACUCAGUGAUGAGUAGAUCCUUGCUUGUGUGUGCCUUGGCACAUGGUUUGAAGUGUUUCACCAGUCGGAGCAAAGCGUUCGGUCUGCAAAGCUAAUUGACAGAAAUGGCAUGGCAUCAACAAUGAAAUCAUCAAGCAGUUUGGUGUUCCCAUCCAUCAACUUCCCCUCCUUGAGUGGAUGGUGAAAAAGUUUAAGCUGUGCUGCUGUUCUUGUUGAUCCUGGCCUGAAACCGGUGGCUUGUGUGUUAUAGUCGUUUAUUGGAGUGUAGAAAUCUAACCUGAGAAUUUUGUCGACGCAUCGUUGAAAUGUGGGCAGUCCACAGGAUAUUGUUGGCUCUUUUUCUUGGUAUGUUUCCUUCAUCCUCUCUCUCAUGCAACUACAUUUGGAAUAAGAUGUGGUUUACUGUUGGUUUGUUUUUAGAAAUUUGUUCAAAAUCUGAAAAAAACUAUGAAUGUAAUUAUACUCUAAUUUCAAGAGUGUCUCAUAUACUAUUUUUUAAAAUUUAGAAAUUAUAUUUAUUCACUUUUCAAAGAUUAGAGAUUGUUUAUAUAGUUCGUAAUAAAAAUAAGAGUAAAGGCCAAAAGUGGUCCUGAACAUAUGCUCAUUUUACGAUUUUGGACCAUUUCAACUCGGAUCACAAUCGGUCCAAAACUAACUUUUCCGUCAAAUUGUAACGGUCAACGUUUUUAAUCCUGAUUUUGACCAAAUUAAGCUGUUAAAUAUGACUACUAACUCCCUAAUUAUAUCAUUAAUUAUUUUAAAAUUAAAAUCAUUUAAAAUACAAAAUAAAUACUACAAAACAAAUACUAAAUAUUAAAAAAGAUAAUGAAAUGGAAAUGCCACAUCUCUACUAUCGGCGAGCCGACAUAGUGGUCGCAGCUACCAGCGAACCAUCUCUGCUCUCUCUCUUGAGCACCCCUCUCUUUCUAUCUCGUCCAUUUCACUUCUCUCUGCCAUCGACCUCUAUGCCAUGGCCGCCGCAACCCGACGGUAGUAGCACAGACCGGAGCUUCUACAAAUGCUAACAAUCAUGAUUUCUUGUUGAGGAGAUAUGAGCCGAUUCGCUUCAUGGUCGCCGUUGUUCAUGCCAUAGUUGCCAUCUGUGAGCUUUUCCAAUUUGGUUGGAUGUAGAUCUGAAUUUGUGUUAAUUUCUGGAAUUUAGCCUCUUUAUUUUGAAAUUUUUUAUUAGAUUGGAGCGGAUUUGAUCUUAUGAUUUGGCAAAAAAAAUUGUCAAAUUUUGGAUGAAUCUCUGGGUUUGGUGUAGAUGUAGGUCGAUUUCUAUUGAUUCAGCAUCAUAAAAUUCUUAGUUCUGGAAUUUGAUUCUUGAUUUUCUUUUUUUAAUUUUUAUUUGUUUUGUAGUAGUAUUUAUUUUGUAUUUUAAAUGAUUUUAAUUUUAAUUUGUUAUUUUA